GCGUACUUCAAACUACCAGGCCUCAUCCGCACUUACUCCGGAAGUGAUAGAACCGCAGCCGGCCAGCUACCAGCCGCAGUCCAGCUCGGCCGUCCCCUGCCAGCGCACCACGUCCUCGGCCAUCUACAUGAACCUUGCCUCCCACAUCCAGCAAGGCACGGUGAACCGGGUGUCGUCGCCGCUGCCCAGCCCCAGUGCUCUCAACGACGCUGCCAACUCCCAGGCGGCUGCCAAGCUCGCCCUGCGCAAGCAGCUGGAAAAGACCCUCUUGGAGAUCCCGCCCCCGAAACCGCCCGCCCCCCUGCUCCAUUUCCUGCCCAGCGCGGCCAACAGCGAAUUCAUCUACAUGGUGGGGCUGGAGGAGGUGGUGCAGAGCGUCAUUGACAGCCACGGCAAAGGCUGCGCUUCCCUCUUGCGAGUGGAGCCCUUUGUUUGCGCCCAGUGCCGCACGGACUUCACCCCACACUGGAAGCAGGAGAAGAACGGCAAGAUCCUGUGUGAGCAGUGCAUGACCUCCAACCAGAAGAAGGCGCUCAAGGCCGAGCACACCAACCGGCUGAAGAAUGCCUUUGUCAAAGCGCUGCAGCAGGAGCAGGAGAUAGAGCAGCGGCUACAGCAGCAGGCUGCUCUGUCACCCACUGCUGCCCCUGCUGUGUCCAGUGUUAGCAAGCAGGAGAGCAUCAUGCGACACCACACGCUCCGCCAGGCACCGCAACCCCAAAGCACUCUGCAGCGAGGAAUUCCCACCUCGGCCCGGUCCAUGCUGUCCAACUUUGCCCAGGCCCCGCAGCUCUCUGUCGCAGGCGGCCUCCUCGGCAUGCCAGGUGUCAACAUCGCCUACCUGAAUGCCGGGAUCGGGGGCCACAAAGCAUCGAGUCUGGCGGACCGGCAGAGGGAAUACCUUUUAGAUAUGAUCCCGCCGCGUUCUAUAUCGCAGUCCAUCAGCGGGCAAAAAUAACGCCAGCUGCCCGCUCCCCUUUCCUGCCCCGUGGCCCUCCCCUUCCCCCCCUCAUCCGUCGCAUGCAGUGCCUGUCUUGGUGCCUAUUAAACGUGGAGGAAAAGAAAAAAAA